CGGUUUGGGAAUUCAAAUUUUCAAAAAAUCAAGCAUGGUGCAAGUCUCACGGACCACCAAAUUCACGGGCAUCUGUAUCGGUGUCUAUGUUGCCUACGCCGUGUUCAUAUUCUUUCUGAUGCCCCUCCUGAUGCCCGAUCCGGUGGCCCUGCAACGCUCCAUUGUGGCCUACAAGACCCGCCACCUGGGCGAUCUCAGUAACUACACCAUGGAGACGGGUGGGCAGCCCAUUCGCUCCAUGCUGGUAACCUUUCGGGGAUCGGGAGCUCUAACGCUGCUGGACAACUUGGCCAACCAGCCCGGAUGCUACCAGCAUUAUGCUCCUUUAAUUGGCUACCGGGGUCGCUACCAUGUCGAAAGCCAGCCCGCUCAUGUCCUGAAGGAACUGGAUGCCCUCUUCAACUGCAACUACAACAGUUCCCUGAAAAUGAUUCGCUGGGGCAAGCGGUCACCGAUCUUCCGGCGCUUCUACGGUGCCCAAUCGAAGCUCUGCAUGACCUACAGCCACGAUAGCUGCUGGGAUCCGGAGAAUUUGGCGGCCAUCUGUAGACUCCAUCCCUUUAUGAACAUGGCUGUGUACAACAUGAAGCUAAAGUACUUGGCCUUGUUGCUCGAUCGGUAAGAACCCUUAGAAUUUGUGGCUGAAAAAAUAACAUUUAUCCCUUCUAGUCUGAAUCUUCGCAUCCUCUUACUUGUCCGUGAUCCCCGGGGCACAAUGUAUUCUCGGAAGAAUCGGAAUUGGUGUGAAGGCUUGAAGGAUUGCGAGGCGACUAGCCUCUGCGAGGAUAUGGUCAGCGAUUUUAAAACUGCACAGAUUCUCCGAGAGCAGUACCGGGAUAGGUUUAGCACCAUACGGUAUGAGGACCUGGCGAAUCAUCCCGCUGAGGGCAUUAAACAGGUAUUCGAGUUCUACGGCAUACCGCUACAGCGUCCCAGUGGGAGGAAUCGUGGAAUCCAUCCUCGCAGCUGGAUAAGUCAUGAUGGUUAUGAAGUCGACAUCGCCUAUGGCACAAACAAUCCCAACGAGUGGAUGAGGAAAAUGCAAUACAAGGACAUCAAGGAUAUCCAGAAGGUCUGCGGCGAAGCUAUGGACAUGUGGGGAUAUCGCCAAGUGGAGGACUUUGAUACCUUUUCACCCAAAACCUUUGAACCGAUGCUGGGCAAGGCUUGAUCACUGUUUUAACCUAAAAAGCUUGAUUUAUAUUUAUCAUGUAGUUAUCUUUUUCGAGUUUGGGAUUGCAGGAG